CAGCCACGGGAGAGUGGAAGCGCGACUUCUACGUGCCAGUCGGUUCAUCGAUCCAUCUAAAACGAGAUCCAAAUCUGCCUCUUUGUCAUUCUCAGAGAUUGAUAAGUACCUAAAAGAUACUCGCUUGCCGUUCUGCGUCUACAUGAGUACUCGAGCGAGGUGGUGAUCUAAAUGCCGACAGCCCUGCGAUCAAGCGUCAGAAAAUUGCGUUUCACCACCAAUUCUGUUUCAGACCAAAUUGACCGUAUCUAAAUACACAUCGAGAUCUGAAGCACCACGAUGCGCUUCAAAGUGAUCAGGAUUGGAUCAGCACGUGGAAAAAGGAUUGUAAAUGGAUCCUCUUCAAAUUUUAGAUCCGAAGUAAAAGUGGCAACCGAAACAAAAUCACGAUCAAAAUCACCGAUCCUGCCUAAACUUUUUUUGCUAUUCCGUGCGCACUUUAAAAAUACACCGACCAAAACCACCACGCACCUAUAUCAUACCAUUUUUCUACUUUUCCAUUUCCACCAGGGGAACUCGAGUUUAAGGUUCGCAGUAGCUCGCACAAACCACUCACAAGAUGGAAAACGAAGAGGGACUCCGCGUGGAUUUGUACAUCCCGCGCAAAUGCUCUGCCACCAACCGACUGAUCGCCGCCAAGGAACACAGUUCCAUCCAGAUGAACGUCGGACAGGUAUAGGUUAUGGAUGCGAGUUUAGCAUUACAAACUGUCAUCAUGAUGCGAUUUUAGCAUUAGAAACAAAAUCGCAUCAUUUCACCUUAGCAUUUCAUUCUCGUUUUUGCAGGAGAGCCAGGACGGGAUCGAAGGAGUCGUUGGCUUGAAGCUACACUAGCAUGAUAUUUUCUGUGCUUAGAAAGAGAGAUUGCGCCCGCACCAGUUGUGCAUCAAAUGUGCAUGGAACUAUUAUUUUCUUAACAGAACAAAAUCUGACUUGAUAGAAUAUCGCAUUUGAUGUUAAAAUCACAGGUCGACACCGAGGGUAAGUACACCAACGAAUUCUUCACCUUCCACCUGGCGGGCUUCAUCAGACAGCGCGGCGAGGCCGACGCGUGCCUGAACCGUCUGCUCUUCGAGAAGGGCCUCAUCACCUUCUCCAAGUAAGAAGGAAUUUUGUGAGGUUUUGGGAUGAAGAAGAAGAACUUCAUAUUAUCCUGUCGGAGUUGUGCCGACUGGAGGAGGAACAAAAAUGUUGAAGGGGAAGCGGAGGUUCUUUGGAAGUAAAGAUCUCCGUGAAGAUCUCUAAAACUGCAGAGCUACGAAACAUACCACGAGGAGAGUACAGUAUUGACAGUCGGGACUUAUUUGUGAACUUUCAGUGUAAGCGGAAUUUUUAGUUUGAAAGAAAGGGGGAUUUGGAUUUUCGAAUCCUAUCCGGAGCUCCGUAGUUCUGUGCUUACAAGACCUUUAACGAUUGUCAUGUGAAUCUGUGCGUGAUGCGCGAACUUAAACAC